GAUAAUAAUGUUAGUCACAGAAAUUGUACCACGAGCCAGGCUCUUGGAAAUACGUCAAGGGAUUAACCGAUUUAUAAGCUAUUAAGUCCAUCGCAUUGUUGAAAAUCCUAUAAUUAGCUAUAUGAGAGCUGGGAGAAGUUAUGACCCGAUUUUAACCCAUUUCUGGUACAGAGACACACUAUUAGAAGAAGAAAAAAAUUCCACUGAAUUACAUUAAAAUAUCUGAGAGAUUUAUCUAUAUUUUCGGUGCAAAAUUACCAUUAGGCACUGAGUUCUUCAUAUUCGAUAUCCGGGGCUUCGAAAAGUUAUAGACCGAUUUCGAUAAUUUUUUCACAUGUGAUGCCACCGAUCAUAUACAGUAUUUGUGUGAAGUUUUAUUUCUCCAUCUUCAUUGGUUCCUUAUGUAUAUCUUAUAACGUGAAGGAAUAAGAUGGAAUUCAAAAUUGAGUUGUAUGGGAAGUAGGCGUGGUUGUGAAUUGAUUCGCCCAUUUUUCAUCCGUGUUAUCAGAGUGUCAAGAAAAUAUUAUAUACCUAAUUUCAUUUAAAUCUGUCGAGUAGUUCCUGAAAUAUGGUUUUUGACCCAUAAGGGGGCGAUGCCACGCCAAUUUUGUAAAAAAAUCUGAGUACAGCUUCCUUCUGCUAUUUCUUUUGUAAAAUUUAGUAUUUCUGACGUUUUUCGUUAGUGAGUUAACGCACUAUUAGUAAUUUUCAAUCUAACCUUUGUAUGGGAGGUGGGCGUGGUUAUUAUCCGAUUUCAACUAUUUUCAUGGUGUAUGGAGGUACCCCACCAUGUAAGGGAACCGACUGCAGAAAGUUUGGUUUAUAUAGCUUUAUUGGUUUGCGAGAUAUAUACAAAAAACCUAUUUGGGGGUGGGGUCACGCCCACUUCCCCAAAAAAAUACAUCCCAAUAUGGCCCUUACUAGGACGAUCCUUUGUACCAAAUUUUACUUUUAUAAUUUUAUUUGUGGCUUAGUAAUGACACUUUAUGUGCUUUCGGUUUUCGCCAUUUUGUGGGCGUGGCAGUAGUCCGAUUUUACCCAUUUUCGAAACCAACCCUCACACGGUCCCAAGGAACAUGUAUUCCAAGUUUCAUUAGGAUAUCUCCGUUAUCCGUUGCACGGACGGAUGGACGGACAGACAUUUGGAUUUUUACUCGUCUCGUCACCCUGCUCAUUUCGAUAUAUACAACUCUAUCUCUAACUCGUUUAGUUUUAUGACUUACAAACAACCGUUAUGUGAACAAAUCUAUAAUACUCUCUUAUCAACUUUUGUUGCGAGAGUAUAAAAAUAUAAGUAGCUUAUGUGAAAUAUAAGGAUAUGGGAGAUUUUUAAGCAUAGUUUAUGGUUCUGACCAUGACUACUCAUUAUAACUAUUUGUAAUGUCACCUUUUUUUUACCUUUCUUGGAACUUAGAUUUUAUUCCAUCACUUGAGUAUGCGGCUACUCCGACUGGCGGCAUAUCGUGAAUCAUUUUGUACUGUUAUACUACUUUUCACUACUUAACAAUUAUCUACUUGUCUCAUAUUUUACACUGAAUGGCCUAUAACUUGAACAAUCGCAAAAUGACUACCGAAAAGUAGUGCAUAAGUACCAGGAGCAUGAACUUUGCUAUAACUGUGGAACUGUGUAGGCACGCAACGCUGAAACGCCGAGAUACAAGCAUAAGAGUCAACAACCAGUUUGGUAUUUUUGCUUUGAAUUAUUACACUCGAAUUGCGCGAACAAUAAGCGGCGAGCGUACUUGAGGCAAAAACAAAAAAGAAAGUUCGAAAAGUGUUACUUGCAGAAGACAAGGUAGUGAUGUGAGACGACCGUAAAGGUGGAAAAUAGAGUACGAACGUGUAAUGCUUUAUUAAGUACAUUGCUGUAAAAUUGGAUUAAAAUAUGAAAGGGGGGAAGCAAACUAAACCAACAGCAAUGCCACGGCGCCAUAAGAAUGACUACUUCUAUAUAUUCAUACUAUGUAUGUAUAUAUGUAUGUUUGUAGAGUGAGACACAGUUGGACGACAAAAAGUCUCUCUGAACUUUCAGUUUGUCGAAGGUACGGAAACAAAAUAGCAGCAAACGUGGGACGUCUUAAACCGAGAACGAAUGGCAAACGUAAACAAAAUCGACGAUCACACAGCGAAACCAUAAAAAAGCAAACACAGAAUCAAAACAGAACAAAUAGACCAUAAACUUUGACGGUAUCGGUGCGUUGAAGGAAAAGAUAACAAAAUGUGAAGAAGCGUCUACCGAGAAACACUAAUUAAAUGACGACGAAAGCAUACAAUUGUUUAAUACGAAACUUUAAUUGUUUAAUUGCCGAUUAUUGACUAUUACCAUAUUAGAAAUACAUGUUUAAUUUGUGGGAGACACGAAGAAUGUAAUUAUUAUAAAAGUCGUAACACCCAAGUGCUUCUCAAAAAGGUGUCCAAAUGCACGGAGUUCAUUGGCACGCAAGAUUUUAGAAGCUAAGUAGAGAAUGACACACGAUAGAAAAAUGCUUGACCGAGAAGCCGUACGCUCUGUCAUCCAACAAUGGAAUGCGAAUCGCUUGGAUUUGUUCGCUUUAUCUGAACCGGACGAGAAUCUUUUAUUUCAUGGCGUUAUGCGAUUUUAUUUCCAAGAUGCUGGACAAAAAGUAGCAACUAAAUGUAUACGUGUUGCCUCCGACGCAACAGUCUCAGAUGUUAUUGAUACCCUUAUCGAGAAAUUCCGUCCCGAUAUGCGUAUGCUCUCAGUGCCAAAUUACGCUCUCUAUGAGGUGCAUGCAAAUGGCGAAGAGCGGCGUUUGAACCCUGACGAAAAGCCAUUGCUUGUACAGUUAAAUUGGCAUAUCGAUGAUCGCGAGGGUCGGUUUUUGUUAAAAAAUAUCGACCAAAAAACCACGCCAAUCGAACAGUCAGAUAUGAACUUUAAGCGGAAACUGUCCAAACGUGAGAAGAAAGAACAAAAAAAGAAAGAAAAACUUGCAAAAUUGAAUUCUGACUCGACAGCUGGCGGCUUCAACGGUGGCAUGACCAACGGCAGUAACGAGGGUGAAACCCAGGUGGCGGGCAAACUUUAUACCGAACUGCCAGAGACAUCUUUCACGCGCUCAAUUUCGAACCCAGAAGCCGUUAUGCGCCGACGACGACAACAAAAGCUCGAAAAGAAGUUACAACAAUUCCGUUCACGUGACGGCGGACCUGACACCGGCGGCACAUUAAAGAUUUACGGCGAGAGUCUAUGCCAAGAUGUCCCCUACAAGACAUUGUUGCUGUCAAUACGCGACUGUGCACAAGCCGUUGUUCGGGAAAUGCUCUCGAAAUAUGGCUUAGACAAAGCUGAUCCCUUACACUAUUGUUUGGUGCAGGUGAACAGUGACGGCACGGAGUAUAUACUGGACGAUGAUGAGUGCCCGCUAUCGAUACUGAUGAAUCACCCAACAUCGCGGGGUUCGAUUAUGUUCCACGUGAGGCGGCGUCCGGCGGAUUCUCAACCACGUCGACGCAAGAAAAAACCGCUAGGUGCUUCAAAUGGCGCCAACAGCAUAUCCAGCGAUCGAGAGGGUGCAGUCUUGGUAGAAGUAACACAUAGCGGCGAUGGAGGGCGACGUAUCAAAUUGGGCAGUGACCCAAUCGAGGUUGGUUCCGCAAACACGAACUCGUUGCAGCUGUUUGGUCCAUCUAUACAAGCGCGCCAUUGUCUAAUCUCACUGCUGGAGGGCGUUUGCACAGUGACGCCAUUGCACACCGAUGCAUUAACCUUUGUCAAUGGCCACCACAUAAGCCAGCCUACUAUUUUGCAUAACGGCUCUGUCGUGAUGUUUGGACGUGUGGCCUCUUAUAGAUUUGUGGACUCGCCGACCGAUGGACGCUACAACCUUGCUUUGUCGCAAUCACAGCUGGACUCAGCCUGUCUUUACGAAAGUCGCUCACCAACUUCGCCUGGCUCCUGGAACGAUGAGGACGGCGCACUGAACUCCGUAAACAAGAACGAAAGUGGUGGCACCAGCAACAAUAGCGGCAAUGUCAGUGGUGGCGGCGGCAUGAGUGUCACGGAACAAACGUUGGGUAUGCGUGAGCAAGAGGAGCACAAACUGCGCUCGAGUGAUCAUAACAGUCACGCUGGCAGCACGGCCUUCGACGGUCAAAGUAUUGAGGGUAACUUGGAAAACGAAACCAAGUCCAUUUCAAGCUUGAAGUCGGGCGGCUCCAAUAGCCAGGAAAGAUUGCCGAAAAUUACCAGUGGUUCAGACAACCAAGGUCAGGAGGCUAUUCUACCCGCCGUCUUGGAAUUUCCUGAAACACAUCAGGAACUAUUCCUUAGACACAUUAUAAGCGAAUUGGAUGUGAAUGCGCCGCAUUUCAAGCUGGCGCCAGUGUACUCUAUGUAUUUAUGUGCCAGAUAUCGUGCAUCGACUCACUAUCGUCCCGAACUGCAGCCCACUGAACGUGCACACAAAUUAACAAUAUUUCUGCAUCACGUGGCCAAUUUGAUAUACAACGUUGUGCAGGAGCAAUAUUCCGACCCACGCAUUCUGGCUUUCUGGAUGGCCAAUAGUUCGGAGUUCCUACAUUUCCUGAAAUCGGAUCGUCAUAUUAGCGCGUUUAGCGUGCAAGCUCAAGAAGUGUUGGCCGAAAGUGUGCAAACGGCGUUCCGAAAUUUGGUGAAUUGUUUCCGCUUAGAAUUGUCGCAGACUUUGAAUCAGUUUCUCUCGGAAACCAUCGAUCACGACUCGGCUGCGGGGCUUGUACUAACCGUACUUGGAUCCGCCAUGGCCUUGCUGCGCCGUUGUCGUGUUAAUGCGGCACUUACGAUUCAACUAUUUAGCCAGCUUUUCCAUUACAUCAAUGUGAUUUGCUUUAAUACGAUUGUGGCCAAUUCCCAUAUGUGUACUGCGGAAUGGGGAAAAGUGAUGUCAGAGCGACUCCAACUUUUGGAGUUGUGGGCUGAACGUCAAGGCCUUGAACUAGCAGCCGACUGUCAUUUGGCAAAGAUAAACCAGUGUGCACAAUUUCUCCAAGCGCCCAAAUCGUCCGUCGAGGAGAUACAGCAAUUGGCUUGUUCUUGCUUCCGCUUGAAUUCGUUGCAAAUGUCCGCUUUGCUACAGCAAGAAAAGAUACCACGAAAUUUAGUGGACACUGCAAUACGAAUGGCCGAGUCUGUAGCGGACGAGCUGACACGUUCGGAUGGUCGGGAGGUGCGUUUGGAAGAAUCGCCCGAAUUGCAUUUAGCUUUGCUCUUACCCGAUGAUGGCUUUAGUUGUGAUGUUGUACGUGGAAUUCCGUCCGGUUUGGUGGACUUCUUGAAUCCACUCCAACAACAAGGCAUGUGCCGACUGGCUGCACAGCCAACUUCAAUUGGUUUGUGGACUGUCUACAUGCACCAAUUCAAUGCCCGUUCAUCAAGCGCGAUGUCCAAUAAGUUGCCACAACCCGAGGUGCAGGUAAUCAAACUGCACAAGAAUGCCAACGGCAUGGGGUUGUCGAUAGUCGCAGCAAAAGGCGCUGGUCAAGAGCGUUUAGGCAUAUAUAUCAAGAGUGUGGUGCCUGGUGGCGCAGCCGACGCCGACGGUCGACUGCAAGCGGGAGAUCAGCUUCUGCGCGUUGACGGCCAGAGUCUGAUUGGCAUAACUCAAGAGAAAGCGGCUGACUACCUGGUUCGUACCGGCCCAAUAGUCACUUUGGAGGUGGCAAAACAGGGAGCUAUUUAUCACGGUUUAGCCACUUUACUACAACAGCCAAGUCCGGUCAUUGCGCGCGGUAAUCGCCGCAUGUCUGAACGUGACCUUUCAAGAAUGGGCGUAACCGAUUCCAAACAUGCUGGCCCUCUCAUACCCAAUAACCAUUUAUCAAAUAGUAAAUCGGUGCCAGCACUACACCAUCACACCGGAAGUGGUACUAUUUCCAUGAAUGCUUCGAAAUCACGCAGCACUCACAGUCUCAUCACGAAUCCCAACACCAACAGCAACAUCACUGGCGGUGUCAACAGCCUAAACAACAACGAGCAGGGCUUCUAUCAGAACUUAAGCGUUUACCGUGCCCAAAAUCAAAGUCAACCGAUAUUAGCCGAAAGACCGUCAAUGGCGCUUCAUUCCUCAAUGAGCACACACAAUGGAAACUCUUCCUCCCACAACGGACCAAAUCCAAUAUUGUCACCAACAAAUGGAACCGCUUCAAUGCACCACCCAGCAUUUACAUCACAACAACAACAACAACUGCACCACUUAUCGAUAACUUCUCCAACAGGGUCUAACAACAUGCCGCCGACACGUCCAGCAUCCGCAUAUUAUCACAAUGCCAAUGCUGCAACGCCAAGCAGCAAUCACUUGCAACAGAGUUUGGCAGCACAACAACAACAACAAUUAAUGCACCACACACACAAUAUGAGUGCGAGUAGCAGCAAUUUGAAUAGUGGCAACAUGACCGCCGCCACACUUCAACAAUACCAACAGCAGCAACAACAACAUCAUGUGUCACAAAUGGCGCCACACUCCUCAUUGACAAUGGGCAACCGAUCGCGAAGCACGCAGAAUUUCAAUCGAGACAUGCAAAAUCAACAUAGCCUACGUAUGCAGCAAAUGAUGGCGCCCUCAAUGCCGAACAUAAGCGGCGUAUACCAGCAACAACACAUGUCAGCCAGUCAGAGCAUGCAAAAUGUGAAUAUGAGCGGAGUGGACACGGGUAUUGCGUAUCAAAACGGCGCCGGCGGUGAUACAUAUAUGCAACAGCAACAACAACAGCAUUCACCAGCUGGUCAGACAUUGCGUCGCAAUCCACGGCACGAGUUGAUGUCGCAGGCGGGCGCUGAAAAUGCGCAACACUCGCCCAACCCAAUGCCACAGCAAAACUUUGUGUCGCUGCCACCAAAACCGGGCAGCAUGCAACAGGUGUCGCCCACGAAGCAACAGCAGCAGGCGCAACAACUGCCACCCACCGCACCGAAACCGCAUCCAAAUCGUGUGCAACAGCAACAAUAUAUGCAACACCAAUUACAGCAACAACAACAACAACAACAAGUACAUCAGCAACAACAGCAGCACCAUGCAAUGUAUCAGCAGAGCACCGAAGAUAAACCGCCGCUGCCGCCGACAGCAACCCAUCCACUUUUCAAGCCGACGCAGCAAAUAACACCGGGCAUGAAUUACGUUGCCAGCUCCAUAGAUCCACCAAAAGGUGGUUAUGUGCCAGUCUCCUCCACAGUAGCGGCACAAAAUCAGAAGAACUUUAUGGGCACCAACCCGUGGGAGCGUGAGGAGCGCGAAAAAGAAGUGGAAAUGCGACGGGAGCACAUACGUCAGUGGCGUGAGCAACAAAUCGCCGAACUUUCGUGCUUGCCACAAAGAACAGCGCAGCAAGAAGAACAGUUGAAGACGUUAAUUCUGGAACGCGAUUUCGAAAGACGCGCGCAGGAGAUGGAAGAGCAUGAGGAUGAAAGCGAGCCCUCGUACGAGAAAGAGAUUGCGCAGGACGUUUACCGCCUGCAAGCAAACACUUUACAAAAUCCGUUGACGAAUUUCAGACAAACAGAUAUAAAAAAUGCAACGCUCUCCGACAAUGUAGGAGGUGGUUCUAAUAGCGCCAGCGGAUCUUUGGACGCAUCACCAUUAUCAUCGGCGCGCAAUUCAGCAGCUGGUGGAUCUGAUAUAGCACCCGUUCAACAACAACAACAGCAGCAGCAGCCACCACCGCUGCCGAACAAUCCACCGCCAGCGGUCGGAGCGAAUGCCACAACUGUGGUGCAGCCUAAAAGCAUUCUCAAGAACAACCGUUAUGAUAGCGGUAGUGGCACCGCACCGUCUUCGCCAUCCAAAUCGCAAAAAUCAACAAGUUUCGCAGACGAUCGUCAUUUGCAAACUGAACACCAUAUAUCCAGUUUGGCCAAGGAUAUUUCACAAAUGUCAAUAAAUAGCUUAGGCUCCACUGGCGGUCUCGCAUCGCCCAUGGGCACAGGCAACUCUCCACCACAUGCCGAUGCCAAUGCAGACAAUUCGACAGUUCCACCACCUCCACCACCAGAGCGCAACAGCUCCUAUCUCAUAAUGUCGCAACAAAAAAUGCGGAACUCUUCCAUCGGACUGCUAAAGACCGCCACAAGCAAUUCCGCUGAUUUGCUCAAUCAAAAUCAGACUUUGGUGAAGAAAGCGAAUAUGCUGAAUAACAAUGCUAACAUAAAUAAUAACAAUAACAACAACAACAGUUUGAAUUCGCCCACAUCAGCAGUGUCUGCGAAUGGUGCGGCGGCGAACAAUCACAAUCUGACACAAAUGCCUGCAUUGGAACUCUCGCCAUCUGGCUAUCUGAGCAGCAGCAACAACAGCAAUAUGUUGUUGCGUGACAACAAGCGUGUAUCGUUCCAUGACGAAGAAAACAACUACAUGGGAGGCUCACAGUUGUAUGCAGCAAGUGGAACAGGGUCGUCUGCUGACAUGUACGCCACAAGUGUCGACAACCAAAUGCCUCUAGAUCUGGAUGCCAUACUCGAGGACAGAAACCAUCGGGCGCGUAUGUUCGACAACACGGUUUUAGAAACAAUGCCAACUAGCCCGGACUCUGUGCUCUGGAAUACAACCGUGCAAUCCACACCUGGUGUCAUUGGAGCACAAGAAGUAUACAGAGAUCCACGCCAACGACGACUUGCCGAGAAACAGCAACAGCAGCAGCAACGCAACACCGAAGCUGUGCCAGAGAAAUUGUCGUUCAAAGAGAAAAUGAAAAUGUUUGCCUUGGAGUCAGGAGAGGACAACACGCCUAAGGACAAACUGAAAAUCUCGCGAGCACAAAGAGACAUCGAUGCUGUGCACUGACUCACAUGCGCUCAACACAAUCUCCAAACCCUCAUACACCAGCAAAUGUACACAGCGGUAGAAUAUGCAUAAGUAAGAGAAAACUAACAAUAAUAAUAAUAUAAAAACGAAUUUGCUAAGCAAGGCAAUAAUUACAAAAACAUUUCAUAAAAAAAAUGAAGAGUGAAUAUUUAACUGAAGAUGAAGACGAAUGUGAAAAUGAAUUCCAUUAGAAUGAUGAAAGAAACAAAAUGUUUAUUUAGUUUUAGUUGUUUACCUUAUACACAACAAACAUUUAGUAAGUACAUACAUACAUAAUAAAAAAUCAUAAUUAUUAUUGUGCAUUAAGUGAAAUGUAAAGUAUUUUAAUUGAGUAAUGGAUACUAAGAAACAGUUAAUUCAAUAAUUUUUCGUAUACGUAGAUUAUUAGCUUAAGUGUGAUGAAGUAUGAAAUGAGAAAGUAUAUAAAAUGCAAAAUUUAUUUAUCACUUGAAA